AUGGCUCCUCCUACCGAGUUUAUCAGCGUCACCUUCCCCAACGCCUCUACGGAGUUGGACCCCAUCCCCGGUGCUGGUAUUGAUCCCGAGUACCUCGUCCGCUAUGCUCGGUCUCUGGAUGACCAUGAGUUCAACUACACUCUCAUCCCCUACCACUCCUCCUCCUUCGACCCCUUCACCAUCGGCGCAACUAUCCUCGCUGUGACCAAGAAGAUCAAGAUUGUCAUCGCUCUCCGCCCUAACACCGUCUACCCUACCGUUGCCGCCAAGUCUCUGGCUACUCUUGACCAGCUUGGCAAGGGCCGAGUUGUUGUUCACUUCAUCGCUGGUGGCAACGAUGCUGAGCAGGCCCGUGAGGGUGACUUCUACAACAAGGAGGAGCGAUAUGAGCGCCAGGAGGAGUAUAUCAAGAUUCUCCGCCGCGCCUGGGCUUCCACUGAGCCUUUUGACUGGGACGGCAAGUACUACAAGUUCAAGGACUUCAGCAGCCACGUCCGCCCUGUCAACGGCCACAUCGACGUCUCUGUGGGUGGCUCUUCUGACGCCGCCUACCGCACUGGUGGUGCUCUCGCCGACAUCUUCGGUCUCUGGGGUGAGCCCCUCAAGGAGACCAAGGAGCAGAUCGACCGCAUCUACGCCGAGGCUGAGAAGGCUGGCCGCAAGGACCGCCCUCGUAUCUGGGUCACCUUCCGACCCAUCGUCGCCGAGACUGAGGAGCUCGCCUGGGCCAAGGCUCACCGAACCCUUGAUGCCCUCAAGUCCAACCGACCUUCUCAGAUUGGCAAGUUCGCCCCCAACGACGCCACCCCUCAGAACGUUGGCUCUCAGCGUCUGCUGGACAUUGCCAAGAAGGGCGAGGUCCAGGAUCGCGCUCUGUGGUAUCCUACCGUGACAGCCACCAACGCCCGCGGAGCUUCUACCGCUCUUGUCGGUUCUUACCAGACUGUCAUCGACUCUAUCCUCGACUAUGUUGACCUCGGUGCUUCUCUCAUCUCCAUCCGUGGUUACGACAACCUCAACGAUGCUAUCGACUAUGGCCGAUACAUCCUGCCCGGUGUGCGAGCUGGUAUUAAGGAGCGGGAGAACAAGGCCAACAGUGCUUCCAAGGAGGAGCCCCCCAAGGUUGAAGCUGCGAUUCCUGAGGCCCCCAAGGUGGUUCCUGUUUCUGCUUAA